UGGGAAGGCUGAAUCUCUUUUGAGCCUACAAGUCCGUGUGCAGGGCUAACUGUAGCCGUUGCCUGCCUCUGAGAGUAUCAGAAACAUGGCGGAAAGCGAGCUAAACGUUGACAGCCUCAUCUCUCGACUACUGGAAGUGCGAGGAUGUCGUCCAGGGAAGGUGGUGCAGAUGUCAGAGGCUGAGGUGCGGGGGCUCUGCAUCAAGUCCAGAGAGAUUUUCCUCAGUCAGCCGAUCCUGCUAGAGUUGGAGGCUCCUUUGAAAAUCUGUGGUGAUAUCCAUGGACAAUACACAGACUUGCUGAGGCUAUUCGAGUAUGGAGGCUUCCCUCCAGAGGCCAACUAUCUGUUUCUGGGGGAUUACGUGGACAGAGGGAAGCAGUCGCUGGAGACCAUCUGCUUGCUGCUCGCCUACAAGAUCAAAUACCCAGAAAACUUCUUCUUGCUCAGGGGGAACCACGAGUGUGCUUCCAUCAAUCGCAUUUACGGAUUCUAUGAUGAGUGCAAGCGCAGGUUCAACAUAAAGCUCUGGAAGACCUUCACAGACUGUUUUAAUUGUCUGCCCAUUGCUGCGAUCAUUGAUGAGAAGAUCUUCUGCUGCCAUGGAGGGCUCUCACCUGAUCUACAGUCCAUGGAACAGAUUCGACGCAUCAUGAGACCCACUGAUGUCCCAGACACAGGCUUGCUGUGUGACCUGCUGUGGUCCGACCCAGACAAAGACGUCCAGGGCUGGGGAGAGAACGACCGGGGAGUGUCCUUCACAUUCGGUGCCGAUGUGGUCAGCAAGUUUCUCAACCGUCACGACCUGGACCUCAUCUGCAGAGCACAUCAGGUUGUUGAAGACGGCUACGAGUUCUUUGCCAAGCGACAGCUGGUGACGCUGUUCUCCGCCCCAAACUACUGCGGGGAGUUUGACAACGCAGGCGGCAUGAUGAGUGUGGACGAGUCCCUCAUGUGCUCCUUUCAGAUCCUGAAGCCGUCAGAAAAAAAAGCAAAGUACCAGUAUGGAGGGGUGAAUACAGGACGCCCUGUCACCCCCCCUCGCACCGCUCAGGCACCUAAAAAGAGGUGAGCGGCUGGCCCCUCCCCCCGGCUGGUCUCUGACCCUCGUCCCGCAGGCUGCCUCAAACACUCCAGCCUUCUCUCAGUCAGCUUGUUCAUGUGUAAACAAAAACUCCAGGAGUGUUUUUUGCUUGUUCUGUGGGUAUUUUUAUGAACAUGCGAGUGGUAUUUCUUUCCAUUUCUUUUUGAUGUAUCACUCACUUCUGCUACUCACCCCAUUCAGCAAUAUUUAAACCUUGUGGAAUGGGCAGGAUGUUAAGAAAUAUGUUUCUCUGCCAUCACAUUAACAAUUUCCAUAGUGAUUUUGUGAAUGCAUGCACGCUUGUGAGAUUGAGACGGAUACUUUGACCUAGCCGAUGUAAAAUGUAAAAACGAGGCCAAUUGUUUCGUGUCUCACCUUGAUUUGUCUACUUUUCAUAUAAUUACUGAAUUACUGCCAGUGCCCACUCCUAUAUAAGCUUAACUAGUACACAGCUUAAAAGAAUAGUUUGACAUUUUAGGAAAAUGCUUUCUCGCAAAACGUUAGAUAAGGUUGUCAAAUAUGAAUCUCAAACCAGCUAAGCUUAGCACACAAACUGUAAACAGGUGUUAAUCUUUAAUUAACACAGUUUUUUUGUUUGGGGUAAACUAAGAAGAUAGAACAUGAAUCAGUGAGCUUCAGAAGUUCUAGUAGGUUUAUUUUGUAACGUUGAGACAGAGCUAGACUACCUGUUUACAGUUUUUAUGCUAAGCUAAGCUAAGCUAGCAAACUGCUGGUUAAAGCUUCAUAUUUAUUGAACGGAAAUAAAGUAUCCAUCUUCUUAAGUCUCAGCAAGAAAGCCAGUAACCACAUUCCCCAAAAUGUCACAUUAUUCUUUAAGAACAGCAAAUUAGACAUUGCAAUGACUUUCCCUUCGACUUUAGAAUGUUUUCCCCAAAGAGAUAUCAGUCAAUAUGUUGAUGGUGCAAGAAAUAUUGCAAGACAUCUUGUCAUAUGCAAACAAACAAGUGCACAGGCCAUUAAAGCCUAUUUGAACUUUAGAAAAGGACACAGCUGCUAAAUGCUGUACUUUAACUAGCAUUCCUGUACAGCUGCUCUACAUUAGAUCAGCGUUUCCAAGCUCUGAAACUGUUUGCUAUCCCUAACACCACUUGGUAUUAACAAAAGGGGAAACACAGAAAUGCAAUAGUGUUCAAGUUUUGUUUUAAGUUCAGAUGUCAAUUUAAUGUGGGAAACAAACAUCGGUAAGCACUUUGAGUUUGUGUCCUUCAGUCUGGUUUGUACAGUAGGUGUGUAGAAAAAUAGAGACGGAUAUGAAGACCACGGCAGAAACCGACAGUACGGGAUUCAAAAAUAGUUCUGAGUAUAUUCAUCAUCACAGCAGUAGAUCUCGACCUCUCUCUCUGAACAUUGUUGCGCUUCCAGUCAUCGCAUGACAUUGUAAAGAGGUCAAAAUCAUCAAGGCAGGACGAUGGCAUUUUGUUUGUUGUUGGCUAGUUAUAUCACAGUGUUCCCACGUGGUUAUUGAAUGAAGUUAAUCCUUUUUAACUCCUUAAUAAGCAUUUAACCGAUGUAUUUUUAUUUAUUAAAUCUUUGCCUUUUGCCUUGUUAAUCUCUUGGUCUUCAAGUUGGAAACAGUGUGUAAAGACGUUCUGAGAUUUGUAAAGUUUGUUUGAAACGAUGAAAUAAAUGGAAGUGCUGUUGAGCCUG